CACUCAAAAAGUUACAUUAACCUUUUGGUAUUUUCCCACCUUAUAAAAAUCCAACUCCCUCCGAAAGAACACUACACACCUUACUCCUAAAGUGCUCCAACACUGCACCCACAGCCUAACAACACACUGUCGGCAGACACACCUCCCUCUUCCUCUGUUUCUUUCCUCUUUUUUCUCUGUCUGUUUACAAACAAACACUCCCUCGGUUUCUCCGUUCGCCGGAAACUGAGGAUUUUAUAGUGCUUUUUGUUUUUAUAGUUCUUUAUACUGCUGACCCACAUUUCACUUACAUUAUGGAAACUCACUCCCCAAAUUUCAGUUUCACUAAGUUUUACUCUCUAGUAGCUGUGGUUCUGUUUUUUUGCCCGUUCAUGGCUUCCGCUGGUCCUCUGCGUCAUGUUGUCGACACACAUUGGUACCCUGCUACUGCCACGUGGUAUGGCAGCCCUGAAGGCGACGGCAGUACCGGUGGGGCAUGUGGGUACGGGUCAAUGGUGGAUGUGAGGCCGUUCAGGGCGAGGGUCGGGGCAGUGAGUCCGAUUUUGUUCAAAAAUGGUGAAGGAUGUGGAGCCUGCUAUAAAGUGAAGUGUUUGGACCGUUCCGUUUGUUCUAGAAGAGCUGCGACGGUGAUUAUUACCGAUGAAUGUCCCGGCGGGUACUGCUCCGGCGGUAGAGUUCACUUUGACCUUAGUGGCGCCGCCUUUGGUCACAUGGCUGUUUCAGGUUACGGUGGAAGCCUCCGUGACCGUGGUGUAAUCUCCGUCAUCUACCGCCGAACUCUAUGUAAGUACCCUGGAAAGAAUAUAGCCUUCCAUGUAAAUGAAGGCUCAACACCUUACUGGCUCUCUCUUCUUGUGGAAUUUGAAGAUGGAGAUGGUGAUGUUGGAUCCAUGCAUAUUAGAGAGGCAAGGUCAAAUGAAUGGAUUGAGAUGACACAUUUAUGGGGAGCAAAUUGGGCCAUAAUUGGAGGGCCAUUGCAAGGACCCUUUUCAGUGAAGUUAACAACACUCUCAACAGGAAGAGCCCUUUCAGCAAGAGAUGUUAUUCCAGGCAAUUGGUCUCCUAAAGCUACUUACACCUCUCGACUUAACUUCUAAUAUAUCGAUUGCCCUUUAAUUUUGUGUGGGCACAAUCUUUUCUACCUUUUUUUUUGCAAGAAAAAGUAGCCGUUUGGAUCAGCAUAAAUAUAGUAUCCAAGGCUCUUUCUUGGUUGUUAACCUUUUUUUGCUUUUUGGCCUAGCUUUUGUUGUUGUUGUUGUUGUGUGCUUAGCUAGUUAACAAGGUUGUCAAUAGUAGCCUUCUCCAAAGGAGAGUGAGCUCUUUUGCCUUGUGUUUUUUUGUGUAAUAAGUUAAGAGUGUUGUUGGUUUGUAAGGUUAAGUUUAGUGGGGUCCUUUUGUGUGUGUGUGUGUUAUAACUGAGGAUAUAUAGGGACCAAAUGAAUGCACAUGUAAUGUAAUGUUGAAACAUGAAUGAAUUAUGUUGGGGGGACCUUUCUGUCCCUUGGGUAGUUUGGUUCUGUUUCUGAAGUA